AUGGAGAUUGACCGGUAUGAGAAGGCUAGUCUUUUUGCAUUCACAGAGCGCUCAGACUUGCCGUACCUCAUUUUAUCAAUUAUCAGUAUGCUGGCUACCGCUGCAUGCUCUGCUGGACAAUCGAUAGUUUAUGGGCAAGCAUUUGAUAUACUUGGUUCAUUUAUUCGUGGAAGAAUCGACUCAAAAAUUUUUGUGCAAAAAACCGGUUUCACUUGUGGUAUGAUCGUCGUUAUAGGCGCUUCUAGAGCAGCUCUUAUAUGGUUUGGGACUAUGAUGAGUAUGAUUUUCGGGGAGAUUCAGGCGAGAAGAGCGAGAACGGCAGUGACAAAUCUGAUCCUUUCAAAGGAUUUGCUGUGGCUGGACCAAUCUGGAAACGUUAUUGGCGACCUUACCCAAGUAAAUCGAUGUGUGGAGGAGUUUCGAGAAGGUUUAUCAGAGGCUUUGGGUCAGUUUGUUCUGUCGGUCUCCACGGUUAUUUCGCUUUUCGUUACCGGAAUGAUAUACUCGUGGUCUCUCACUCUUGUCAUGAGUGCCACUUUUCCUUUGAUUUUCGGAAUUGGAUAUUGCUUCUGGCGGUUGAUGUACAGAGCUGUUGAAGCUGAAAACCACUGGUCGUCAAUGGCUUCGAACGUGGUGAAUUGGAUUGUCGCCAAGAGCUCGAUUGUACGCAUAUUCCAUGGCCAGAAAGCUGAAGCAGAUAAGUUUCACAUGUAUACUGCAAGCUCUGCUGCUUCGUUCACUCGUCUUUCAAAUUUGAGUGCUAUGAACGACGGAAUCAUCAAGACUAUAGGGCUAUCGAUGUGUGUUGAGGGCUUUUGGUAUGGGAUAACUUUGAUUAAAAAUCACUCUGCGACCAUACAGAAUGUGUUCACUGCCUUUAGCGCAUGCAUGAUGAUUGGUCCUGAAAUCUCUGAAGUCAGCGACCAGAUUUGCACUAUCAAUGAGGCCAAAGCGGGAAUUCUGCGGAUUCUCAGUGUUACAGGAACAAAGGAACAGGGCCAUAAAGUAGACUUGGGAUUAUAUCCAUCCAUUUCAAAAUACCUGGUAAGGCUACGGGAGGUCUCCUUUCAGUAUCAGCCAGAUUUAUCCUACUCGAUCGAACAUUUGAAUCUUGAAGUAAAGCAUGGAACUUUCUCGUUCAUCAUAGGACAAUCAGGUUGUGGUAAGUCGACCGUGGCUGACUUGAUGAUGGGAUUUCGGCGCCCAUUGGACGGAACCGUGAGUCUUGGAGAUAUUUCAAUGGACUUGUUAUCACGAAAAUGGAUAAACGAUCAUGUCACCUUGAUUCAACAAGACUCAAUCGUAUUUGAAGGUUCACUCAAAAACAAUAUCUGCUAUGCGAGACGAGAAGAACUUCCCCAGUCUACCAUUGAUUCUGCCUAUGAGUUUGCAGAGUUGGGUGAGCUAAUCUCUACAAUCGGUGGUGAAGAUGCUCCAAUUUCCUCAGACUCGAUUUCUGGAGGUCAACGACAACGAAUUGGUUUGGCGCGAGCGUGGGUCAGAAACACUCCUAUUCUUAUCCUAGAUGAAGCAUUGGGCUCCCUUGAUGGUUCUAGCCGAGCACGUAUGAUGGACCGUAUAAGAAGCUGGCGGAAAGGAAAGACGACCAUAAUUAUCACCCACAAUCUUCGUGAAAUUGAGUCUGACGACAACGUAAUCUUGAUGGAAAGAGGUAGCAUUGUACUCCAGGGCCGGUUGAAUGAGAUUCGAGACGAAAAAGAAUACUUGAGGUUUAAAGGUGAGGAAAGAAAAAAACGACAAUCAAUGGUCGAUGGUUCCAGCGCGGUUUCAGUCGAAGAAGUAAGCGUUGAUGAAGAAGAUGAAACCUCCGUGAAUGUCUUAUCUGCCUUGCGUAUACUAAGCGAUUGUCGGUCAUAUUUACCUCGGUGGUACAUUAUAGCAGCAGGGUUAAUAGGCUCUAUUUUCACCGGCAUUAUGACUCCAAUCUUUUCAUUUUGCUCUUCACAUAUGUUGAACAUCAUGAUAACUCCUCAUACCGAGAAGAAGGUGCUCGUUACAUGGUCUUGCUAUGCCUUGGUGGUGGCUUUGGCAACUGGAAUCUUCACGUAUCUUACUCAAUUUGUGAUGGCAUACGUCAGUGAACAGUGGAUUUUCAGAAUCCGACAAUCGGUUUUCCUGAAUCUUUGCUCUCAAGAAGUACAAUUUUUCACCAAAACCAACCCUACUUACCUCACGUCGCUUCUCAUGAACGAUACCCGUGAUCUUCGAUGCUUGAUAUCCCAGUGGCUUACCAUAUACACUGGGUUGGUAGUCAUGGUGGUAGUUGGUGUCGUAUGGGCUAUUGUCGUGGGAUGGAAAUUGGCCCUAGUGGGCAUUUCAUUUGGUCCCAUUUUAUUUGCAAUAACCUCGGGUUAUGCUCGUAUAAUGGAAGUUGCCGAGGACAGAUACAAGACCAGGGUAACAUAUUCCGAACAAUUGUCUCAAGAAUGUAUUUCCAAUCUUAGGACCAUCAUUUGCUUUGACUUGAACGAAAUGUUUAAAAUCAAGUCUUUUAACCGAGUUUCGAAGUUAGAGCAAGAGGGGAAAAGAAGAGCUGUCUACAUUGGAUUGGGUCUUGCGUUGACAGAUUUGUGUGCUUCGGCAUCUACUGCUACCAUACUCUACUACGGAAUGACAUUGAUUGGACUGGGCGAAUAUACCACCGGACAGUUUGUUCAAGUUGUGACAAUGCUCACUUUUGUCAUGACGACAGGGGCAACACUUUUACAUCAGAUUCCCGAGAUAGCUCGCGCUCAGCGGGUCGGAUCACAUAUAUCAAGGCUUUUGCAGCUCCCUAGCUCUACACUCGAAACUGGCGGAACAAAGUGUCCGAAUUACUUUCCUGUGAGUAGCUUGAUUGAGGUUCGACAUUUGACUUUUGGGUAUGUCCAGGGGUACCAGAUAUUUGAUGGACUCAGUUUCCAUGUCAACAAAGGAGAAGUUGUGGGCAUCGUUGGAAAAUCAGGAAGGGGUAAAAGCACCUUGUUCAAGCUUCUCUUGAAGUUGUGCAGUGUGAGACCUGGAACAAUAUUUGUUGGAGGAACAGAUAUCAAUUUGGUUUCGACUCUGUGGUGGAGAUCUCAGAUUGCAAUAAUUCCUCAGGAUGCUGACUUGUUUGAAGGUACGAUUUACGCAAACCUAACCUAUGGACUCGAAAACGGCAAUUUUUCAGCUGACGAGAUUGAUACUGUUCUCGAAAAAGUGAAUUUGUUAGACUUUGUUAAUGGUCUUCCAGAAGGGCUACAAACGAACAUCAGCGUCUACCCAAGUUGUUCCUUGAGUGGUGGACAAGCACAACGGCUUUGCAUUGCAAGGUCGCUUCUUCGCAAACCUCAAAUAAUGUUAUUUGACGAGUGCACUUCGAAACUUGACCCGGCGAACAAAGGAUUGAUAAUAGAGUUGAUGAAGGGUCGUCGCGAUAUGACAAUGUUAGUUAUAGCACAUGACAGCGAUGUCAUGCUGGUUGUCGAUAGGAAAGUAUAUAUAUAA